AUGCACAUCCUCGCCGACUGGGCGGGCGCAGCCGGGCUGUGGGCCCAAUGUACUGGCGCCCCCGGGACGCGGCGGCAGCUCGACGAGACCCCAGGCUCCACCUACGACGAGAUCCAGCAGGCCCCCCCCAUCGGCGCCGAGACCCCCACCGUCACCCAGGAAGAGACAGCCCGACUCACGGCCGAGCAGCGCAAGCGCAACGAAGACCGCAAGGCACAAACGAAGGCCGAUCAGCGAGCCCUAGGCAUCCAGACCCUCUACGACAGUCGCCUACCCCAAGGCCGCAGCUGGGAGAGGCUUGCCGAUGAGCUGCAAGACUCCGCCGCCGCCCUGCUCCAAGACCCCGCCUUCGCCACCGCCCUCUAUUGCGCCCUCGGCCUGCGCCCCCACCUGCACGAGCCUGGCGACGCGCCCAGGGACCUAUUCAAGCACCGUCGCAAGAUGGUGAGCCAUGACGGCUACCUUUACGAUCGUGAGCUUAGACUGGGCCUCUCCAACUACGCAUGCGUGGCCGCCUGGGCAUGCCUGCUUCAGGCGGCAGGGGCAGCCAGGCUGCGAGCACCUCCACGCCCUUGCAGUGCCCCCUUGCUCUUCGACCCCGCCGGGGCGCCGAUCGCGCGACCCUGGGUUGACGGCGCCCCGGUGAUCAUGCUCUUGCUGGCGCGCGCGCCCCGCCCCGCCCUGGCCUUGUGCGGUAGCGCCAGACACAUCGGCGACAUCCUUGAGGCAGCCCUUGGCAUUUGCGUGCCCUGCAACAAGGCACGACUCCCCGUCCGCGACGGCUUCGGGAAGUCACGCAACUUCGUGGAGCCCGAUUUCCGGCGGCUCCAUGGGCGCAUCGAGGCGACCGAUCAUGCCCCCGACGUCUUCUGCGACGCCUGCGGGCGCGGCCCUCUCGACCCCCGGAAGGGCAACGGGGGCGCCUGGGUCGACCAUCACUUGCUCAAAACUAAGCCAGGACGCCCUAGGCGCGGCGCGCAGGGCCCCGCCCUCGCCAGCGCCGCAAUCCCCGCCCAGCGCGCCGACAACGACAGGGCGGACCCCACGACGGUCUGCUCGGAGGCCAAGAAGAUCCUCACGGUUGUGGCGGGCUGGCGCCGCAUCCGCAGGCUCGGCUACCACAUCCCGCCCGAGCUCGACAGGCGCAUGUCCCGCGCUGCCGAGGCGAAGGUGCGCCCGAGCACCAAGCAGGCGGCCAAGGAGACGGCCAAGGAGAAGAAGGCUCGCGUCGAGGUCGGCCACGCGGGAGUGAGAUGGCUCGCCACUGCCGAUCAGCUGAACAGGGAGUACAGAGUGAGCGACAACGCGGUCUCAGUGGGCAGGGGCGUUGUGAAAAACACGCACCAGCAGGCGAAGACGUUCUUGGGCCAGCUCAGCAAGGGCCAGAAGCAGUUCAGCCACAUCGGCCGGAGGCUCUUCGUGCUCACUUCCCCGCUGUUCUGAGAACGCCUGGGCUGAAGAGUCCCUCGCGCUGUUCUGAGUACGCGCGACUCCUCCCAAUCCCCC